GGGGAAGGUUUUAAGUAUUACACAGGAAGCACCAAGGUCCCUGCCUUGGUCUUCCUCUCCACCUUCAUCAGAGUCAGAUUCUGGGGACUCCCACAUAUCUUGAAAGGUCAGAUCUUGAGAAAAUAGUUUGAAGAUUUUUGUAAGUCCUUUGCCUUUUCCUCCUACCAUCAGUGUUUCUCCUUCAGCCACCGUGGUCAAGGUCCCAGGGCUCCAAGUUGGACAAUCGACAGGGUGGCCACUUAGUCUACUCUGGUGAAACCGUAGCUCGCCAUGAAAAUGUUUUUCAUCCUCACUCUCUUGGGUGCAGUAGAAACUGUAUUGGGAGAAGAUCAGAACUCAGAUGAACCAGUUAAUUUUAACAUUCCUUACAUGGUCUAUCUGCAGUCCAAGCCAGAGCCUUGUGUGGGAACUCUCAUUGACCGUCAGUGGGUGCUCACUGCUGCUCAUUGUUCCUUACCAGCUAAAAUCCGACUGGGAGUUUACCAACCCAACAUCAAAAAUGAGAGGGAGCAGAUCUAUAGUUACUCACUGACUGUAGUCCAUCCUGAUUUCGAUGCAAAUUUCCGGAAAAAUGACCUGAUGCUGAUAAAACUCUCUUACCCUGCUGCUAUAAACAUGCACGUGGGAACUAUAGCCAUAGCUAUGGAACCCAUGACAUUUAAUGAAACCUGCUUUAUACCAACAUGGACCUGGAAUAGCUACAAAAACUUCACUGAUCCUGACCUCCUGACAUGGACAAAUCAGUAUUCUCUUUCCCAAAGUGACUGUUGGAAUAUUCUCCAAAAAGAGAAACAAGAAAUAUGGAUGAACAUCAUGUGCAUAGGACACUCGCUUAAUGUUAUGACUUCAAUUAAGGAAGUCUCAGCUGCUCCAGCCAUCUGCAGUGGGAGGCUUCAUGGAAUAUUGUCCUGGGGAAAAGCAGGCAUAACCAAGGGAAGUGAGGGCUUCUUCACUGAAAUUCAUCCUUACGCAAGAUGGAUCUUGAAAAUGAUGCAUUCCCACUGAGAAGCCGUACCACUCAGUGUAAAAUGACGCAAUCUCUACAAUGAAUUAACUCUCUUCAAAAUUCAAGAGAAAACACCCAAUAAAAUCACACCAGAAAUUUA